AUUACUUACACCUGGCAACCAGAGUGAACAGUGAAGUAGCAUCUCCUCUGCUUUCGCUUUGCUAGCAGAUGAUUGACUGCGGGUGAGUGAGCGAGACGCUGUAAAACAAUCACCGGCUACACCAGACAUCGCUUGACAAGGAAAUGGCCAAUCAAGACAAUGCUAACACAUUCCCCAGACACGCACAGGAGUUCCGUCUUGCUGUUAUGAGCAACGACAGGAUAUACAUGGACUACAAUGCUACGACGCCGGUGGCACCUGAAGUCAUCCAGGCUACGUACGAGGCCUUGUGGGACGCCUGGGGAAACCCAAGCAGCAGCUACGAUGCAGGCAAGAAAGCCAAGGCCAUCAUUACCCAGUCCAGGGAGAGCGUGGCGAAAAUGGUUGGAGGUAACGCAGAGGACAUUAUUUUCACCUCGGGUGGAACUGAGGCCAACAACAUGGUGCUUCACACUGCCAUAGAACAUUUCAUGCGGCGAAAUCGUGAUGCCGGAGAGAGAAAUGACGGACUCCUCCCGCACAUCGUCUCCUCCAACGUGGAGCAUGACUCGGUUAAACUGUUGGCCGAGCAUCUGAAGAAGCAAGGCGUAGCGGAUUUUACAUUUGUGCCAGUAUCUAAAGUGACAGGCCGGGUGGAGGUGGAUGACGUGGUAGCGGCCGUGCGCCCCAAUACUUGCCUGGUGUCCAUCAUGCUGGCUAAUAACGAGACGGGCGUCAUCAUGCCCAUUGGUGAGAUCUCCCGACGUGUCCGCUCACUAACAUCACAGAACGAGCGCGUCUUUAUCCACACGGACGCGGCUCAAGCCCUGGGGAAAAUCCCGGUGGACGUCAUGGCCCUGGGCGUGGAUUACCUUACUGUGGUGGGCCACAAGUUUUACGGGCCGCGCAUCGGUGCGUUGUUUGUCGACGGCCUCGGGGUGAAAACGCCGCUCUAUCCGAUGUUGUUAGGCGGAGGACAGGAGAGGAACUUUCGGCCCGGCACAGAAAACACACCAAUGAUUGCUGGAUUAGGAAAGGCUGCUGAACUGGUGACAGCGCGUCUGUCUAAACAUGAGAGUCACAUGCUGGACAUAAGAGAAUACCUGGAGGAACGUCUCAAGGUGGUCUUCAAAGAAAAGCUGCACUUUAAUAACCAUUUCCAGGGUUCCGAUCGGCUUCCCAAUACUUGUAACGUGUCCAUCGUGGGUCCGGGCUUACAAGGCUGGCGAGUUUUGUCCCAUUGCAAGAAGCUGCUGGCUAGCGUGGGCGCCGCUUGCCAUUCGGACCAAGGAGAUAGGCCUUCCCCCAUCCUGCUGAGCUGCGGCGUGGCUCCUGAGGUGGCGUCCAACGCCCUGAGACUGAGCGUGAGCCACAGCACCAGCAGAGAGGACGUGGACACGGCCGUGGAAGACCUCCGGGAGGCCGUCGAGCUGCUGGAGCAGAAAGAUUCUUGAUCACAUGGGCAGGCAUACACGCUUUUAUAAAAUAUUUUAUAUUCAAUAUGGCACUUUUGUAUUAAUUUAACUCACUGGCAGUAAUAGAUAUCCAAUCCAUUUUGACUUGUAUGGUUGGCAGUGACAGAGUGAACCGCCAGGGGGUCCAUUUCGACCCCCGGGGUUGCUUGCUGGAAAUUAUGGCUUUAAUUGACAUUUCUCUUCAUUAUUACACAUGAGAAAAAUGCAAUACCGUGUUUAUCAGUUUAUUAAAAAAAGAUAAUGAAUUUGACUUGAUAAAGGUGUUGUUUUUCCCUUUAAACCCCUCUACUUUAAAUGAAUUUUAUUCAUUUAUUCAUCCAUCGUCUGCUCAUCCUCAUGGAGAAAUUGUCAAAAC